UUAUAACCAAAUAAGAGGUGAUUGACAGUGGACUCUGAAAAGCAUCCCAGUGGGUAACACCCACCACAGAUGUGUUUUCUGCAUGAAGUCGCAGCCAACACUUUGCACACGAAAUCCCGAUUGUCUUCCGUUGUCACCUUCUUGUUCUGCAGUUGCAUCACAUCCCCUGCACUGGUGAAAAAGGCUCUUAGGGGUAUUGGAUUUCCAAUGCAAAUAUAUUGAGUUGUUUUAUUGUCUUUGUAGCAGAAAAAAGACCUUUCCAGGUAACUGAAAAGCAUAUAAGUCUGUUUGUUCCAUCAUUUCCCUUACGCACAUCCUUCCAGUGCAUCUAUCACUCAGUCAAUCCAAAGCUUGAUAGUAAACACUCUUAUCAGGUGGUGAUUUUAGGCCACAUUGAUUACUCCAUAUUUCUGGUAUAAAAAGGGUGGGAUUGGCUCUAUCUGCCACAGAAGCCCCACACAUCUUUGAGAUCACUGCACAUAUCUCAUCUUGCUUCACAGGUAGAGUAAACCUCAUCUUGAUUUUUCAUGUACUGAAUAAUAUAUGAAUGCUAUUUUCACCCAAACCUUUUAUGACUGAUGCACAGACAUGUACGGAAAAGGAGCUGCAGUGUUUGCACUGCUGGCUGUACUUCUAGUAUCCACCACAGCUUCGGCGCCUGAACGCUCUGCACCCGAAGACGCUGAUGACAGAAAUAUCCUCCACAAGCUUCAAACCAGGAGAGAUAAAGUCAGAGAGUCAUUGGGCAGGCAGGACGUCCCAUCACAGACUGCACGGAUGGCGAGACGGACACACCUGUCAGAGGAUGAACGCGAGAUUAUGACCAAACAAAUAAUGCAAGCAAUCUCAGACCUGAUGAACUCUGAGUGCAUGACAGAUCGUGACUACCAAGGCUGGGUGGACUUCGGACGCCGGGAUGUAGAAAUGGGCCGAGAGAUGAACGUUUAACAGCUCAUAAGUGCUGACGGUUUUUUUGCUCAG